UAUUCUCAAAAUCACCCCACACUUUCUUUAUUUACCAACCAAUUUAUCAUUCUUGAAACUUCUACUCUAAGCAGCACGGAAACGGAAACAGAAACAAACCAACAAUGUUUCAAUCUUGUUAUGACUCGGAAGAUCAUAAAUUUCUAUCUCGCCGAUGUAUAUGGGUUAAUGGGCCCGUCAUAGUUGGCGCAGGUCCGUCUGGUUUAGCUGUUUCUGCCGGUCUUAAAGCUAAAGGCGUACCGUUCAUUCUUCUUGAACGAGCUAGUUGCAUUGCUUCUCUCUGGCAAAACCGAACCUACGAUCGUCUCAAACUUCAUCUUCCUAAAAAAUUCUGUCAAUUACCCGAUUUUCCGUUCCCCGAAAGCUUUCCGGAGUACCCUACAAAAUUUCAGUUCAUUACUUAUCUUGAAUCCUACGCUAAACAUUUUGAUAUAAUGCCAAGUUUUAAUGAAACAGUUCAGUCUGCUAAAUAUGAUGAGACUUUCGGGUUGUGGCGAGUCAAGACUGUUUCGACGAGUUGCGAUCGGACUGAAGUUGAGUAUAUCUGCCGGUGGCUAGUGGUGGCGAGCGGCGAAAAUGCUGAGAAGGUGGUGCCGGAGUUUGAAGGUUUGGAAGACUUUGGCGGCGGAGUUAUGCAUGCUUGUGAUUAUAAAUCAGGCGAAAGUUUUCGCGGGAAACGAGUUUUGGUGGUUGGCUGUGGAAAUUCAGGCAUGGAAGUGUCUCUUGAUCUUUGUAAUCAAAAUGCAAGUCCAACAAUGGUGGUCCGGAGUUCGGUUCAUGUUUUGCCAAGAGAAACAUUCGGAAAAUCAACAUUUGAAUUAGCAGCAACAAUGAUGAAAUGGCUACCCCUUUGGACCGUCGACAAAAUACUACUAAUUCUUGCAUGGCUAGUUCUUGGAAAUCUUGAAAAACACGGACUCAAAAGGCCUAAAAUAGGGCCAUUGCAGCUCAAGAAUUCUCAAGGAAAAACUCCAGUUCUUGAUAUUGGUGCGUUACAUAAAAUACGAACUGGUAAGAUCAAAGUUGUUCCCGGAAUCAAGAAAUUUUCUAAUGCCAAAGUUGAGCUUGUGAAUGGUCAAAAGCUUGAAAUUGAUUCUGUAAUUCUCGCAACUGGAUACCGUAGCAAUGUCCCUUCAUGGCUCAAGGAGAAUGAAUUUUUCUCAGAAGAUGGAAUUCCUAAAGACCCAUUUCCAAAUGGUUGGAAAGGAAAAAAAGGACUAUAUGCAGUUGGAUUCACAAGAAAAGGUCUAGCUGGUGCAACCCUAGAUGCAAUUAGUGUAUCACUUGACAUAUCCAAGACUUGGAAAGAAGAAACUAAACAAAAAAAGAAAAAUGUUGCUGCUCGACAUAGGAGAUGCAUUUCACAUUUUUGAAGUUAAAUUCACAGUUUUUAAUUUUUUUUUAAGUCUGUUUUAUUGGUCUUAUUCAGUAAUUAAUGUAGAUAUAAAAAUCAAUAGCCCUCUCCUAAAGAAAAUUCACAAAUAAUUAGGCCAAUUUUUUUGUUGAUGUACAAAGGAAGAUGAGGCUUGAUAGAGUGUGUAUCAAUCUAUGUUUGUGUAAAUUUUUUGCAUUUUUAUUUAAUAAAAGAAUACCCAUAUUUUUGUGAGAA